UUUGCCUGACAUCACUGUGGUGGGCGUGGCUAAGCGUCAACACAAUCGGUCACAACAAGCACAUGGAAAAAUGGAAAUGCAAAGUGCGUUUAAAGGAAGAAAGGGUCUAAAGAUGAAUCAGUGGAGUGAGGAGCGAAUGAAAGCUGCAAUAGACGAGUAUAAAGCACAGGCUGAGUCCGGGCAGAAGCCUGCACUACGAUUGCUGUCAAGGAAGUGGAACGUGCCGAAAACGACCCUUCAGAGACGCGUGAAAGGCCUCGUCGAGGGAUCCGAGCAUGCAUCUGGAAGAAAGCCAUUCAUCCCUGUUGAAUCUGAGCGGGAGUUAGCGCGCCUUCUCGCCUCGCUUUCAGAGAGAGGCUUCUCAUUGAGGAAGACUGAUGUCCAGUCUCUUGCUUUCGAGUUCGCCAAGAUAAAUGGCAUCCGAGGGUUUUCAGAAGAGAAGCAAAAGGCGGGCUAUUACUGGUUUGAGGGCUUUAUGAAGCGAAACCCCGGGCUGAAAAUAAAGAAACCUGAGACCGCAUCACCAGCUACAAGAGUGAAUGAAGAAGAGCUGGGAAAAUGGUUCACAACUUACAAAAUCACCCUGGAUGCUUUGGGAAUCAAAGACAUCCCUUCACAUAUUUGGAAGUGUGAUGUAUCAGGAAUACAAGAUGUGUUCUCCUCUCAUCAAUCUGUCGAGGAAAGAGAAGAUCCCUGCAUUCAGAUCACAACCGAGGAGGAAACGGCCUCAACUAUACUAGCAGCAUUCAACGCCAGUGGUGUGUUUGCUCCUCCACUUAUCAUUUCUAAAGGAAUUAAGGUGAGAAAUGACUGCAUGAAUGAAAACAUGUGCAUGAGAGCGUCAGAUGGUGGCUGGAUAACAGCAGAGCUGUUCCUUGAGUGGGGGGAAAUGUUUGUGGCACAGCUCCCGAAAGAUGACUCCAGGCCCCACCUUCUCCUCCUCGAUGGCCAAAGCAGCCACGUCUUCAACCUCAGCUUCCUCAAUCUCAUGAAGAAGAACGAUGUGGAGGUCAUAUGCUAUCCUGCACCGCAGCCAGCUCUGUGUAGGAGCCUCAAACUCAACUGGUGUGAAGCGAGUCGCAAGUGGAAUCAGCAGUGUGUGGGAAUGAAGUUGGCCGAAGCACAUUAUUGUUCUGUUUUCAUGGAAGCGUGGAAGAAAACUGCCACUGUGGAAAGAGCCAAGGAUGUGUUCAGAGCAACAGGGAUGUUCCCGAUAAAUGAGUUUACCUCCAUUGGGCAUGAAAGCACCACGCCAUCCACCGAAGACGCUGCACAUUGCAGCACCGAGAGCAGCUCUGAUGAGCCUCCAGCUGUUGAAGUGGCAUCCUUCAAAGACUUUGUGGUCAUACAAAAGAGUCACAGGGGUGUAAAGACAGUACCAUAUUUACAAAGAAACUCAGAAUACCUUCUUUAUGAUGAACAUUUAAAACAAAAAAAUGAACUGAAUAAAGCAGCCGCCUCCUAUAAAUGCAGGGGCUGCUUCAUAAACCACGGCUCGGUCGCCGAUCCGAGAGCUUCUGAAGCGUGGAUCAGAUGCAGCAACUGUAAGGCCUGCUACCACGAGUCUUGUGCGGAAGAGGAUGGGAUAUAUGAAUGGGUUCAUGAUGGAGACGCAGAUAAGCGAUUAAACUGAAGGGUUGAAAAAAAAAGCAUAAUUUGAGAACAAGAAAACACAACGACAGAAUAUACCAUUUAGGUUCAUUCAGUCACAACAGUCUAGUGGUGUUCAAAUAAAAUGUGUGUUGAAAUAAAAAAAAGUGUUGUUAGAAUAACAAGGAUUAAUGACUAAAGUACAUUAAUCCUUUGACGCAUCUUAAUGAGCCAAUAUUUAGACAAUAAUAAUAUAUUUGUAAUUAAUACUUUUUUGUUGUUUGUUUUUUACAAAUUAGUAAUACAUUAAGUUCCAUUCUAUGUACAAACCCGUACAAAUUCCAAAAAAGUUGGGACACUGUACAAAUUGUGAAUUAAACAGGAAUGGAAUAAUUUACAAAUCUUAUAUUUUAUUCACAAUAGAAUAUAGAUAACAUAUCAAAUAUUGAAAGUGAGACAUUUUGAAAUGGCAUGCCAAAUAUUGGCUCAUUUUGGAUUACGUUGGAGCUACACAUUCCAAAAAAGUUGGGACAGGUAGCAAUAAGAGACCACAGAAGGACCAAUUUGCAACUUAUUACAACCACACAGUUGUAAACCUGGCCUUGUCCCAACUUUUUUGAGAUGUGUUGAUGCCAUGGAAUUUAAAAUCAAUUUAUUUUCCCCUUAAAAUGAUACA